AUGUUCAGAACCUUUACCAUUCUCGCUGUGAUCGUGAACAGUAUUUUGGCCACGGACUACAUACUGCAUCUCGAUCCGGAUUUAUAUGUGCCGUGUAUCGACGGCCCUCCCGGAUCGAUGGGUUUACGUGAAGCCUACAAUAUGGACAAUGCAUUGGUCGAGAUGGACGAAGAUGGCCUUCACUUGUCGGGAAAUGUGACCACCGUCUGGAAUAUUGCGCCCACCGAUCGGAUAUCUGCCAGGGUGAAUUUGAUGCAAUAUGACCGUGGUACCUGGCAGCCAACGGCUAUUAACAUGCACGCUCCGGACUUUUGCUCUGUGAUGUUCAACAAGAACCAAUAUUGGUUCAAAUAUUGGUUUCAAUACUUUGCGAACCGCGAGGAGAUGAGAGAGAAGUGCAUUGCCACGAAAGAUACCGUUCUGGUAUAUACUCCUUUCACCUUUAACUUGCGUUUCGAUAACGUCAUUGGCCCUCCUUUUCGUGGUCGCUAUAAGCUUGUGAUCACAUUUGAACCAUUCGACGAGAACAACAUUAAGCGUCCGUAUUCUGUGUGCUUCGAGGUCAGAGGCGAAAUUGAGAAGAUCAGGAAAUAA